AUGGAUCUCCAUCGCUGCCGCUUCGUCCCCUACCCGCCCUCCGCCAUCAACGCCCUCGCCUUCUCCCACCCGUCCGCCCGCUCCAAGAACCAGGCCGCCCUCUCGCGCCUCGCCGUCGGCCGCGCCAAUGGCGACAUUGAGAUCUGGAACCCGCUCGCCGGCGCCUGGCACCAGGAGACCGUCCUGCGCUCCGGCGCAGACCGCUCCGUCGACGGACUCGUCUGGGUGAACGAGCCCGACGAGGACGCCAUUCCCGGCCGCUCGCGCCUCUUCAGCAUCGGCUACACCUCCGCCGUCACCGAAUGGGACCUCUCGACCGGCCGCCCCCUGCGCCACGCCAGCGGCCAGCACGGCGACAUCUGGUGCCUGGCCGCCCAGCCGCCCGCCUCGCCCAACGACCCCGUCACGCGUCUCGUCGCCGGCACCAUCGACGGCAUGCUCGCCCUCUACUCCGUCGAGGACAACGACCUCCGCUUCCAGCGCCUGCUCGUCAAGUCCCCGACCAAGAAGGCCCAGAUGGUCAGCAUCGCCUUCCAGUCCCGCCACGUCGUCGUUGUGGGCUGCUCCGACUCGACCCUCCGCGCCUACGACAUGCGCAACGGCUCCAUGCUGCGGAAGAUGGCUCUCGGUGCCGACCUGGCCGGAGGCGCCAAGGAUAUCAUUGUGUGGAGCGUCAAGGUCCUGCCUUCCGGCGACAUCGUCUCGGCCGACUCGACCGGCCAGGUCUGCAUUUGGGACGGCAAGACGUACACGCAGAUGCAGCGCAUCCAGAGCCACAGGCAGGACGUUCUCAGUCUCGCGACGAGCGCUGACGGAUCGGCCAUCCUAAGCGGCGGCAUGGACCGUCGCACGGUUCUCUACAAGAAGACCUCUGGCUCCGGCGCCAGAUGGGGCAAGGUCUGGAGCAGGAAAUACCACGACCACGACGUCAAGGCCAUGGCCUCUUUCGAGAGCAGCAAGAUGAGCGUUGUCGUUUCAGGAGGCCCCGACGCCUCCCCCGUCGUCCUGCCCCUGAAGGAGCUUGGCCGCGAGAACCACAGAACCCUCUCCAGCCUUCCCCAGUCGCCGCCUCUGGCCAGCGCCCCGUCAGCGAGAAUGGUCGUAGGAUGGUGGGACAGAGAGAUCCACAUCUGGAAGCUGCAGAGCUCGUUUGACGGGCUCUACAACGGCAACGGCGUCGACGUGGACGCCAACCUCGAGAAGAACCGCAAGCUGCUCAAGACCAUCCUCGUCAAGGGUGAGUCCAACAUCACGUCGGCCGCCAUCACCCAGGACGGCUCGUUCCUCGUCGCCGCCACCGGCACCGACGUCAAGGCCUUCCACCUCCAGCACCAGAACCCCACCAAGCCCUCGGACGUGAAGCUCGCCUCCGUCUCCGUCCCCAAGCCCCUCGCCUCCAACGGCGCCAGCAAGAUCAUCCUGUCCCCCGACGGCAGCUGGAUGGCCGCCGUGCAGGAAGGUUCCAAGGUCCUCGUCGCCAAGAUCACCCGCGACGACGACAACACCGUCACCAUCCAGAAGCCCCGCGUCGUCAACCGCCUCCGCCGCAACAUCCCCAAGCACCAGGCCCUGGGCGGCCUCGGCAACUACGAGAGGAGCAUCACCCAGCUGGCCUUCUCUCCCGAUGGCCGCAUGCUCGCGGCUACGGACCUGGCUGGCUACAUCGAUACGUGGGUCCUGCAAACCGCGCAGGACGGCGCCGCAGAGGACAACGCCGACGCCGCGUCAGACUCUGACAGCGACGAGUCAAGCGAGGAGGACAACGCCGCCGCCUCUGCAGACGAGCGCUGGGUUCGCAACCCCCGCGCGUCCCUCCUGCCCAAACUCCCGGCGCCACCCGUCGUGCUUUCCUUCUCGGACGAGACGACUACCACCGACGGCGCCGCGACGACAGAGUACACCCUCGUGGCCGUCACGACGUCAUGGCACAUACUCGCCUUCCACCCCGUCGCCGGCUCUCUCACCUCCUGGUCCCGCCGCAACCCAGUCUCGAGGCUGCCCGCGACCAUCCGCGACACCCGCGACCUGGCCAAGGGCCUGCUCUGGCAGGGCCCGCGCGUGUGGAUCUACGGCGUCUCGUUCCUCUUCAUGCUCGACCUCUCCCAGGACCUCGCCGUCCCCACGGGCGCGACGGACCCAGAAACCGCCCUCGUCCAGCACCAGGCCGGCACGAAGCGCAAGCGCAGGGGCCCCGAGAGCGGCGCCGGCGCCCGCAUGGGCAUCGGCGCCAUCGUUCCGCACCAGGUCGACCGCUUCGUCGGCUCCAAGGCCUCCAAGGAGUGGCAGGACGACAUUGAAAAGAAGCUCGCCCAGGACGAGGACGCCAUGGACGUCGACGGCGGCGGCGACGACUCGGACGGCGACGACGACGGCAGCGAGAGCGAGGGCGGCGAGCUCGCGGCGCUCCGCAACCGGAACCAGGAGACCCAGACUGAGGAGGGCGCCGAGGGCAAGACGCGGUGGUGGUACACCUACAAGUACCGCCCCAUCCUGGGCAUAGCGCCCCUUUCCUCCGGCCCUGCCGCCGCCGCCGACGGCGCGGAAGCCGACACCAGCAGCAGCAGCAAGACCCCCUCGCUCGAGGCUGUUCUCGUCGAGCGACCGAUCUGGGAGGUGGACCUUCCCGAACGGUACUUUGGCGCCAAUGAAUGGGAGAGGUAG